UCUUAUUUAACGUUUUUCGUCGUCUUCAUGAUUCAUCUCCCAGCCCGCGACUAUAAAAUAAGCCCCAAAUCAAAUAGUGAAGGGAUCCCCCAUUUUGAGAGAAGGAGAAGCCUACAUAUUCGUGCUUAGAGCGAUUAAGGCAUAUUGUAUUUUCUGAGUUCUCCUUUCGAAGCAGCAGCAGCAGGAGAAGCACUGUCUGAAUUCCUUAAUAUACCUAGCGGAAGGAGACUGACCCAUUUCUAAAUCUCAAAUCUCAUCGCUCAAAAAAUGCUAAGGUCUUCGGAAGACACCGAAAAGAAGGUAACGGAGAAACCACUGAAAGAUAUGGAAAUCAGUGUUCCUAUAGUAUGCGGCAGUGCAGCAUUCUGGCUUGGUAAAAAGGCGAGCGAGUUCCAAUCUCAUAAAUGGACCGUAUAUGUUCGUGGCGCUACAAAUGAGGACCUCGGGGCUGUGGUAAAGCGUGCAGUUUUCCAGUUGCAUGCAAGUUUCAAUAACCCAACACGGUCCCUCGAUACUCCGCCCUUUGAGCUGUCGGAAUCAGGCUGGGGAGAGUUUGAAAUUGCUAUCACUCUUCACUUUCACAGUGAUGUUUGCGAAAAGCCCUUACACUUAUUUCAUCAUCUGAAGCUGUACCCGGGGGAUGACUCUGGUUCCAUGUCCAUUAAGAAGCCUGUUGUUGUGGAAUCAUAUGAUGAGAUUGUUUUUGCUGAACCUUCGGAAAAUUUCUUUGCUCGUGUGCAGAAUCACCCUGCUGUUAAUGUGCCUAGGUUACCUGCUGGUUUUACUCUACCUCCUCAUGUUCCAGUGGAGGAUGUUGAUAAGAGAAAGAAAGGUGACACCAAAGAAAAUCCUAUAAGCCAUUGGUACACAAUUUUUUCCGAGGCUGAUGAGCUUCUUAAUCUUGCAGCUGCUCGUCAGCAGGUGCAAGCUAGUAUUGCUAGAUUCAGAAGGCAAAUGAGUAUGAUAGAGGGGCAUAACCAGAUCCAGAACCAAAACCAACAACUAAAAUCUUCUUCUGAUCUGUGAAUGCACAUCAUUCAUCUAGGUUUUGACAGAUAUCUUAUUGUUUCUCUGACUUUAUGAUUGUAAUCGAACUCGAAUAUCUGAAUGUAUGUAAUAUUAGUGACAUUUUACAUCCCUUAAACCGAGAUGUGACCCACUGGUUAGAAGAGUUAUUUUAAAGUGACAAGUUAAAUGUUAUAAUCUCAUU